AUGCCAUUCCACAAACAAUAUGCUGAUGGAUCUCCCAGACCUCUCUUCCGAGGUUGGUUGCAUGGAACAAGUGCCCUGACAUCUAUUUCACUAACCUACGCCUAUUGGAAUAUAAUCCCAACUCUUGCUGCCCCUACCAUGAUAACAAUCUGCUGCUUGUUUGCAGUUUCAAGUCUGGUCCACUUGGUAUCUUGGCCAUCCAAGGCCUUGGAGGAAGCAAUUACCCGAGUCGACAAAUCCUGUAUCUUGGCUCUUUGCAUGACAUCCUUCAUGGCCCCUCAAUGGAUUGAGAGUGACACCUGCAGACCUGACUUUGUUUUCUCCUUGGUAACAGUGGCAAUCCCCAUUGGGCUGGGAGUGGUUGGGGUUCUUUGUGGUGCCGGGCCAAUUGCAUUUGCCAGCUUUUUCUGUCCGGUUGUCUCCAACAUGUGGUUUUAUGGAAUGCAUGUUGAAGACUCCGAGGUCUUUUACUGCAUUGUGGGAAGCACUGCUCUGUAUGUCCUUGGGUUUUACCUGUAUGCCAGCCAGGCAGGAGGGCACCAUCCCUAUUGGGGUUACCAUGAAUGGUUCCAUUUGCUGGUAACGAUUGGCAUUGCCAUCAAUGCCCGUGGGGUCCUUGCCAUGACUUGGUACACGGACGAAGUCUGUAGUGCCGGUGUGUCAGUUGUGGAAUCUGUUGUGAGCAGCAACUAUACAUAUGCAGAUGAGAUCUGUGGCACUGGUUGUACUGGAAUGGGCGAAGUCAGCCAAUUCAGUGAAUCUUUGGUAUGGUCAGGUCUGUUGCAUGACCUGUCUUGGUUGCCAGUGGGGAUUUAA